GAGACAUUUCGGUACUUGGGAUGGACUGUGGAAAUGGAAAGACUCCUGAUUUCCUAUUUUCUCGAAUGAGAAGAGUUGACAUGACCCCUGAGUCGAGGCCGAGUGCUCAGAUCCCUGCAAAAACUAAGCCGCUUCGGUCGGGAAAUCGCGACUUCGACAUUUCGUUUCGCGAACGGCCACAUAAUCUGCAUGUGCAAUUGCUUCUCCAGCACCACAACACAUCAUGAAGGUCUCAUUACUUUCGUGCAGCCUGUUGGCUUGCCUCUCUCCGCUCGUGUCUGCGACUGCCCUCACAUACAAGCUUACUGCCAAUGAGAAGGCAUGUUUCUUCACCAAUGUCGAGAAUAAGGGAGCAAAGAUUGCAUUCUACUUCGCCGUCCAAGCAGGAGGUUCCUUCGAUGUCGAUUACGAGGUUGUGGGACCUGCGGACAAGAUCAUUAUGGAUGGGAAAAAGGAGCGACAGGGGGACUUCGUCUUCACAGCGGGCGAGACUGGAGAAUACAGAUUCUGUUUCAAUAACGAGAUGAGCACAUUCGCAGAGAAGUUUGUCGAUUUCGAAAUCGCUGUCGAGAACGAACAACGAGCCUCGAUACCUUCCAAGCAAGGCACAUCCCCUGAGCAGACCUCCGCAUUAGAAGAAUCUAUUUUCAAGAUUUCAGGACUGCUUUCGACGAUCACAAGAAACCAGAAAUACUUCCGUACCAGAGAAAACCGGAACUUCAGCACAGUCAGGAGUACGGAGAGGAGAAUUUUCAACUUCAGUGUUAUGGAGAGCUUAAUGAUGGUUUGCAUGGCUGGGCUACAGGUCUUCAUUGUCCGGUUCUUCUUCCAGGGCGCGAGAAAGGGAUACGUGUAAAUGACUGGGCAAUUGCUAGACACUGCGUUCUAUGGUUCUGGUGGGAUUCUGGGAAAAUCUGGCAUG